AAGUGUGUGGGUGUACGUCACUGGUGUUUUUCCCUCUUUCUGUUUGGGCUUCUUAAGGUGGAUUGAGGCUGUCGGGGAAGCUUCAUUAGUCGUCACAGGGAGGCAAGGCUGUGACUCAUGCCUGCGUGAACAGAGACCAAUGAGCAGCGCGAGCCUCACGUAUAAAUAACGAUUUAAAAAUAUUCUUGAGGGAGAAGAAAGGGUCACUGGCGCGCGUCUGGAUGGGAUUUUAUUAGAGCGCUCUGUUGGUAUUCCUCCUCUGUCAGCUUCACUGGACUGUUGGGCUGCUUGUCGCGCCUUUGGGUGCCAAUUGGAACAUCUCUAGUUAGUCUGGACUCGACAACCUGUGAGCCGGUAAGAUGCCUCCUAGGUGUUAUAUUCUUUAUAUACAGACAGGUGAAUGUUGCACGCGUGUCUUGUGAUCAGGUUGUAGCGUUGGAGUCAGUUUGAGAAAAUUACAGUAACAGAAAUUCUGCGAUGUUUUGGGGUGUUUUUGAAAGAAAUCAGGAGGAAUCCAUCAGCCUGUCUCUGAUCUCAGGAUGAUAUUGACUGAUGAUGAUGAGGACAUUCUUCUUCAGAGCGCAACUUAAUUGAAAUGUCGAUUGCUGAAUAAAUAAAUAAAAGUCAAAUGUGGAUAUUACAGCCGCCUAUUAUCGUGAUUUGUCUAAAAAAAAUCACAUUUACUCCACAUCUGUAGUUUUAUCGUCAAGGUUUCUCUCACCUAUUUAUUUAAUGUCUUUAAAACCCCAGCUGGGUGUCUUUUCUUCAUCUUUGUAGUUAAAGUUCCAGCUUUAGUCUGACUUAGUGGAUUGUAUAAGUGAAAUAAUAAAUUUCCUUCAGUGGGCUAUUAUCUAUUUCCUACACGCCCAUGUCCCUGAUAAAACACAUUUUCUGCACAUUCACGUCAGAUACACCAUCUUUUAUUGCAAACUGACUUCAAUAAAUAUCAAAGCCUAUCUCUAAAAUAAAUGCACCCACAGAAACAUUGUGUCAUCAUCAAAGCUAUUUGUCCUGCUGUGCGUAUUGUUUGUGCGUCGUGCGCAAUUCUCUCCAAAUUGCGCGUCUUGAUUCACAGCCCACCCAGCUCUCCUCCGGGGAUAAAUCUCUGCUGGUGAAAUCACCAUUUUCUGGUUCAAUCCUGGCUCACGCUUUCAACUGAUACUGUUAUUUAAAUUUAGGUUGUGGAUGUGAUGGUCCGACCUACCCUCUUCUAACUAAGCACCGUUUUGUUUGCAGUUGAAUCAUUUCUCAGCUGGAGAUCAGCCACCUGAAGAAGUGAUGGCCACGUCUGAACCAAGAGCCAGCGGCGGGGAACAGGACCCUAACUCCGCCAAUUUAAGACCUCCGACAGCAAGUACGUCCUCACAAUCCUCCUUCCUCUGCCUGUUAAAACCACUGAUCCAGUAUCGAUCCCCCGGGAGGUAAAUUCUCGUUAAGGCUGUCCCUCUCCCUCCGGAGCGCUCAGGCUGUGACAGGGACUCGAUGCCUUGCUCAGGGACACUCGUGCAGCUCGAUUUCUAGCCAACAAGAGAGGGAAAAAGUGUUUCACCCCUCACACCUCUCUGUCUGGCUCUGUCUGCCCCUCAGUCUCUCUCUCCCUCCUUCUCUGUCUGAUAAAAGCUGGUCUCGCCUGGGCCAUUUGCUGUGUGGGCUCCGUCGUUAAUCAUUCCGGUUAAAAACAGAGCCAUCACAGCUGCCUGUCGCUGCCUGCGAGUCAGCGGAGCGCGCAGAGCAGAGGACCUGGCCUAGAUAUUUAGAUGCGCAAUUAAAGCAUCUUAUUAUUUAUCACCAUCUAUAAAGUCAUUCAAUGUAGAUUUGAAUGAAAAGGCAUUUUCUGGUUCAAAAAUUUGGACUUUUCUUCAAUUAAAACGCCUCCCUUCGUUUGUCUGCUCUGACACUCUCAAGGUCAAGGAACAUAUUUUGGAUGAUUUGACUGAAAUUACGCCAAAUUAAAUUCAAAUAGAUUUUUCCCCAUCAUAUUGCAUUUUAUCUUGUUUCUUGGCCCUCGAGGUUGAUGUGCUGCAUAAUAAAAAGCUGCAUUUUGGCUGCAUUUUUUUUCAAGCGUCCACGCGUAUUUACAUGAAUAGGCGAGUUGAUUCAUUAUUAUCUCGUACACAAAAUGGAGCUUAUUAAUGUACGCUUGAGUGGCCACCUGCAGCGGGGAAUAAUUAUAGGGUUUAUUUUAGCCGAGUGUCAAAUUUCCUGAGGAGUAGUUCGCGAUUCAUUUUUUAUAUAUUUUUCCAAAUCAAAAAAAUAUAUUUUUUUAUCUUUUAUUUUUGUCCCUUGGGUAUCGAUAAUAAAAAAUAACUCCACAAGAACCUAAGAGUGAUUUCAUCUGUGACUGUGUGAGGCAGCAGCCCAUUAAGAAGAAGUUGUUGUUGUGUCUGCCUCGCUGGUGUACUGCUGCUGGAUGUUGCCAUUAUCUCCUCGCCACGCUCCAUCUCACGCCUCGCGGCUUGUGCUCUGCCUCUGUGUGUGCUCUGUCCCUCGAGCUGCUCUCUGCUCUCUCUCAUCGUGAAAUGGCUUCAGUGGAUUUGAAUACUUGUUUUCUUAUGAAACUUUGUCCAUCAGGUGUAGCUUCAUCCGCCGCCUCGCCUCACUCUGCUUCUGCUCCAUCUCUGCUUAUAUGUGUGUGUGCGUGUUUUUGAAGCGUGUGUGUGUGCAUGUCGUGUGUAUAUGAAGCGCUCUGUUCUAUAAGUUUCUGCACAGACUUUGUGGCCUCAGACAUUAGCAGCUCGCUGCAGUCACAUACUGUGUUUCACUCAAUUAAUUCCUGCCCUCCUCCGUGAGCUCAUUUCACGGGCGUUAACUCCACUCCGCCCCUUGGCUGGGUGUGUGCGCGCGGCGUGGAUGUGCCGCGCGGCCCUCUGUCGGCGCCUAUUGAUUGAACUUAAAUCGGAUAUGUUAUCAGGCUCUCCCACUCAUGAUUAGAGGGUGCUGUGGUAAAUAAAAAUGUGGAUAUAUCCCCUGUAAACAAAGAAAUGUUGAAUUAAAAAAAUAAGAGAGAUCCCCAAUUUGAAGCUGAGGGCUCACACACCUGGCCAAGAGCUGCUGUCCGCUUCUUCUCGCUUCCUCUGUGCUCUGUGUGCUCCACCAUGCUGCUCUUUUCUCCAUCACCGCCCGUCUUCGUUUCUUCGCGGCCUGCACGAACACAAACUCAAACGUUCAUUCUGUUUUAGCAAACGAUUACGCGUGGAUGCACGGAUGCACACGGAAACUGGGAAUGAAGAUUUGUGGUAAGUUUGUUUCAGGCGUAAAAACAUUUCACUCAGUCUAUUGUGCAGCAUUUUCUCUCUUCAUUUUACACUUCAGUGAUAUGCUGACAUGUCUCAAUAAAAGCCCAUCGUAACGUAGCUACACUUCUACCUCCACUCCUGUGGCAUUUUCUCGUUCUGUAAAACAUAAAGCGGUGUGGAGGCCUGAAAUAGGCCAUAAUAAAGGCUGCUGGAGCGGGACAAACACAGAGACUGUCACUGUGUGUUUCUAUCUUCUAAAGGUCAGUGGACAUUAGCCUGUAGGUCUGAUGAUGAGAGCCCCGUCUCACCGCCCCCUGUCGCCCCUCAACCCUCCCUGUCUCAUCCAUUUCAGCACCACGAGAGAAAAAAGCCUGCAGACAGGCCUGGAAAAAAUACACAGAGGUUCCCAUAAUAUAACCGGCUCUUUGUAUAGUAUUUUCUUUCUCUUUCAUAUGAAUAUAUUCCUUGAGGAAUAUCGUUUUUUUUCUUAGAAGGCUUUUUGCAAUUUCAAUGCCCGGCCGCUUUUGAGGGGGAAAAAGCAGAUGACGCUGCAGAGACGGCGUCUAUGGUUUGUUGUAAUGUGUUUUUGUAUUUGAUCAAAUAUUAAAAUACACGAUGCAAACCCCUUUUCUGCAGCUAUGCAAAGAAAUGAAUGUCUUGAUCCAGCCAAACAAGGCCUGCUCAUUGAGGCGGAAAUCAACUCAGACCCAAAGAUCGAACAUGUUUGCUAUUUCAAUCUCUGAGGAUGAGAAAUUGACCGAAAGAUUUGAUUGGUCUCAACGACUUUUUAAUAGACUGGAAUGGAAGUUGAAUGGAAAUAUUGAAUGGAAAUAUUUCUGCACAGAGGCCGUGGCAGUUAGAGGGUCUCGCAUAUUGAUUUUAAAUGUGUAAUUAUGGAUUUAAUGAGCAGAGAAUUCGGACUUUCCGCGGAGAAAUAUAGGCGAAGACUUCAUAUUUUAUAGGCGAACACACAGCCUAACAAUGAUGUGUGAUGUCCACGUUUUUUUGCGCGCAAUUAGGCCCGAACAUUAUCCCACAGACACGUAAUGGUGCAGAUUUAGAGGUCUGUGAGCAGAAACUGAUCAAUCAUGGAGUUUGAAAACACGCAGGCCCUGUGGGUUUAGACUGCCGUGGGGGAUUUGGUGCUUCCUUCAUUAACCCCUGUUUAUCGGCCCUGUGGGGUCAUCACCACCGUGGGGUUUCCUGCCCACCGGGCCGGUUAGUCUGCGCACGGCGCGGGUGCAUCCUGGCAGGGGUGGGGCUAUGACGUCAUCGGACAAUACGCGCACUCUGAUCUGGCGUGCGUGUUCACAUAAAAUGUGUAAACAGGGAUCACUUCCACCAGGAAAACGGAGUUAAUGAGAGAGUGUUUAUGACUCAGGAGCUGACUUUGGACUUCAUCAGAUUAUUUUUAAAAAGCUGCUCUAUAUUUAUUUAAAAACAGCUGAUAGAGUUUAACUUUUUAUUAAUUUUCAUUUGUUAUUUGUGUUUAGCUUCAUAGUUUCAUUAUUUUUUCCUUUUCCUGUGAUGGAGAUGUUUGGUGAUAACUCGUGCCCCUCGACGUGUAACACUUUAGGGUUCCUGCAGAAGAAUAACAGCCUGGAUGAGAAGGGGAGGCUCGCGGGCCAGAAGAACCUGCUCUCGUGCGACAACAGCGACAGGGACGCGCGCUUCCGCCUCACCGAGACCGACUUCUCCAACCUGUUCGCCAGAGGUGAGACCUGACCCACACCUGCGACACUCUUUCCACACUAAAGCCACACACAAAAAAACAGCUAUUUCUAAUUUACUGAUGACCGAUAUUUCCGUGUUUUCUUUUCCAGCUGUGAGCUUUUUGGUAACACAUUCACAUUAGGAUUAUCUUAAAUUUGGGUGAGUUUUGACAAGGGUCUCAUAGGGAGUAAGAAAUAGGCCAACAAAUACAUCAAGUAGGGGAGACCGGGGAAAGCUGCGACAUGUUUUACAUUUUCUGUGUAACUCACAAGUUGUUGACAAACACCAGUCAUCUUUUAUUUGAGAAAGCCUACAUAUACUUACACCAAUAAAUAAAAUGCUUUGCUGUAGAUAAGAAGAGAAAAACUGUUGUACUCAAUUUAUUUGAGGAAGUCAGAGUUUUAACAUUUUCCCCAAUCAAGGGAAAAUAAAGAAAUAUAUCAUUGUGUCACAAGUUAAAGCACACCUGAAUGUAAAUACAUCUAGUAGCAUAUCUAUUAUCUCACAAUGUAGCUUAAAAAUCAUAUUGUGGAGGUUAGAGGUCAUUUAGAUGUUGAGUAUUGUAACCAAAAAUCCAUCCAUUUAUGUUAACAAGGCUAAUAUUCUUGUGCUUAUAUUGGAUUUAAAUUAAUUGAACUGAGACAAAAUUAAAUCUUAAUCAAACAAAUUGAUCAACUCAUCGGUCAGUCUCUAACCAAACUUUUGUGCAAUGGUGUAUGAUGGACAAGUUGACAGAAUAACACAGUGAGAUCUUUUGGAGGGAAUAUUUAGUGCAUUUAUAAAAAGAGUUUUUUAAUGAAAAUCAGUUUUUAGAACAUGUGAAAAAUGUUAUAAUGAUAUAACAUUUUUCUUAAAAAUAGCAUGAGCAACCUUUAGCAACAAAAAAAAUGUAAAGCACAAUUGCUUAGGAUAAAAUAAUAUUGUUUAGAUUGUAAAACUAUUACAGUUGCCACUAAUACUACUGCUAACAUGGGUUAUCCCAUUUUUAAUAAACAGCUGAGACUUACAACUCUUUUAAGCUUAAAUUCACUACUAUUAAACUUAAGACAGCACAAAAAAAUUAUGUACAACUGCAUUUUUUACUCAGCACCACUUUUUUUUUUUUUUGGUGAAAACUGUGUUAUCCUCGAGAGCAGGCAGCAAGAAAGCUAACUGAGCAUACAGAGUUAGUGUCAUGACUUUAACCCAUAAAUGUGUUUCAGUGGCCUUGGUCCAUCCUACUCUAUUGCACCUCCAAAAGAAUCUCUUGUUAUUGUACCACUCGGUAAUUAAAACCACAGCAACAUCAGUGUUGCAGCGUGAUUUGUGUGAUGUUGGCUGAUAGUUUAAGACUGAGCUGUCUUGGUGUUCACUGCAAACCUAAAAAACCAAAUCUACCUUGGGGGUAAAGUAAGAGCACUGAUACAGCUUCAUUGCUAAUUAAUCUCUGAAUCAAAUCAAAUCAAGCAAACUAUCAGAAUCUCAGUAAAGUGAACUGACACAAAUGUAAUCUAUGACGGCUGCCUGACAUACAAUGGCAAGUUUCUAUAGAACAACUGCUGAAGUUAAAUUGAUAUGAUAAUGAACUUGGCUAUGUUGAGUGUAAAAACUUAAAGCUGCUUCACUUUGUUUGGUCCUGAUUCUGGUGACUAUGAGUAAACUUGUCCUGGUGGAUCUAAGGUGUCUGGCUGCCACACAGUGAACCAUCAGAUCUGAUAGCUGUUUUUGUGCUUCAUAAUCCAGGAGAAGGAUUUUAAACUCCCUCUGUCAGGGUUACUAUUAACUUAGUUUAUCUAUAUUGAAAUUCUUACUUAAAUAUACCUUUGGGCAAAGCAAGGCCACAUAGAUAACUUCCGCUGGCAAGAUACCUGUGACAGCUUUAACAUCUGUCUUCAUCUUAAGGAAACUAAACACCAUCUUGCGCACUAUAUUUUACUGCCUGGUAUGAGAAAAGUCCACCCUUUUUCUCUGUGAUUAACCUUGGAGGCAGGAAGCAGUGUGUUAUUGUUGGCUUCUCUAAAUUAAUGAACAAAGCGUACUGGAAAGACAGAGAGAUUAUCAAUCAAUGAACAGAUUUUUAAAAAUCAAACCUGAAGAUAAUACGAUGAUCAACCUAUUAAAUCUAGACAGUAGGAACUAUCACUUCACAUAUUUUUCUGACUUCGGAUGGGAUUCAAUCUUAUCAAAGAUUAUGUGAAAAAAUUUAACAUAAAUGAAGUUAAUUUAUUGAUAUAUAUGUAAGACAAAUGCAAAGUCAAAUCAGGGCUUAAAGUAAUAACUAGAUGGCCUACAUUUUGGGGUUUCUAAAGGCUUCUUAAUGAAGUGUUUCUGUAUGAGAUUCUCAGAUAAAAAAAGAGGGCCUCAUGAGUGGAUUCAGGAUUUUAAUUUUUCUUCCCCUCUCUUCUCAGACCUGCUGCCAGCCAAAAAUGGAGAGGAGCCGACCAUACAGUUCCUGCUGGAAAUUGUUGAAAUCCUCACCAAUUAUGUGAAGAAAACCUUUGACCGCUCAACCAAGGUGCUGGACUUCCACCACCCCCACCAGCUGCUGGAAGGCAUGGAGGGCUUCAACCUGGAGCUGUCAGACCAGCCCGAGUCCCUGGAGCAGAUCCUGGUGGACUGCAGGGACACGCUCAAGUACGGUGUCAGGACAGGUAGGCUGGGACACCUUCAGGGCAGAGCAUGAUUAAAAUGUGUAGCCUUUUGAAUUAUUUAUGAGGUGGAAUAUUAUAAUAGAAAAAGCAGAAGGACACUGAAAUGUGAGGCUGUUUGAGACAAUCAACCCAGAAAUCUCCAAACUGAAUAUACACUUUUUAAAACCUGCAAACAACAUUCAGUCAAAUACACUAUCCUCAUAAAACUAGUGCUUUAAAAUCAUUUUACAGUAGAUUUAUAAAGUUUAAAUCUUUAUAGGUAUCACAGUUUUUUUAAAAAGAAUAAAUGUCUCAUUUUCAUUACUGUCAUACAAAUUUCUAUGCAAGACAAAGUCUGAUCUCAGUGCUUAAAAAUUAUUUUACAGCGAACCUAUUAUAUGCAAAUGUCCAAAGGUUGUUUAUUUUACAUGUAUUUUUUCAACUAAUUUGUCUUUUUCUGGAAAGACUGUAAUUGAAAUUAACUCUGAAGUUUUGUUCAAGUCAAACCAAGAGAAGAGGCUGUUUCCAGUUAGUGUUCAGUCCAUUACAAUGACUUCUUUAUUUAUAGUCCCCUUGGUGAUUCUCCUGACAUCCCCCCUUUUUCUCUUCCCUUUCACUUAUUAAAGCAAGUGUGGCCUGAGGGGAUCCUAACAUGGCUGUUUCAAGCUGUUAAAAACAACAGCGUUCAAACCGUCCCCCUGGGGUUUACAAAUCACACAGGGACUGCUGUGUCUACAACUCAACUCCACUUUUUAUUUAGACAUGGGAAUUGUUUUGUUUUUGUUCGUUUUUUGCUAAUUGAGACUUUCUUUAUGAGACUAAUUUUAUAGGUUUAGACUUGAAGAGCUAUCCAUGGUGCUGAAAUAUGAAGCUGCUUUAUCCUUCCUGCCUUUUUAUGUAUAUUUAUAUACUUUGAAUAUUUGGAGACUUGAUUAACUUCAUUUGGCCCCUUUUUGAUAUUUUCCACGAGAAAUACAAUGCAAGGACUCGUAUAUAUAUUAACAUGUGAGCCGUACAGCUCUACAUCCACCCUGUGCUUAUACCCAUGGUUGCAUUUUGGCUCCAGGCGUGUUGACUUUGACUCUGUGUGUGUGUGUGUAAAUGUGUGUGCAGGCACCUUGGAGUCUAAGUGGCUGUCAUAGAGUCUUGUUACCAGUGUAAUUAUGGUACAUUGAACUCUGCUACGUCAGAUCCCUCAGGUGUUAAGACUGACCAGGGGAAUACGAACAUGCAAUAUGUAAGCAUGUAAAAAAGCCGACAUCAGAACAAUUUCCCUAUUUAGUUUUUUUCUAUUUUUUUUAUUUCGUCAGUAAGAUUUAGGUGGUCAGCUUUGGCCUGAAGGACAUUCAAAUCCUUUAAUUAAGCUCUGUUUACGUAGAGGAUAAGGGGGCCUGUUAUAAUUUUACUCAAUGCUUCCCUUGAUGCAUGUACAACUAAAAGGCAUUUCAGCAUUUAUAGUAUUAGCUAUUAUGAAAUAUGAGGGGUGGGUAAAAAAAAUGCCAAUGAUCAACCAUGGUCUCGUAAACAGAAAGUGCUGUUUUCAAAAUGUUUAUUUACGAAAAGGCAACUUGACAAUAUAAAGGUUGAGUUUCAGAUUGACAGAUUUAAUGAAACUAAACCUGUUAAACUCAUGAAAAGCUCUCUUUCUCAUUGUCUUAAAGACUAACUCCAUAACUUUCUAACUGAAGCCAAACAGCAUAACUGUCUGAUGAAAAGAAUUGAAAUCAAGAUAGUCUGUUUUAUUUAUUGUGACCAGGUCAUCCUCGAUUCUUCAACCAGUUGUCUUCUGGUCUGGACAUCAUCGGACUUGCCGGAGAGUGGCUCACCUCUACCGCUAACACCAACAUGUAAGUCAUGAAACAUGAACCAGUAUAAAUGACCUCCUUGUAUGUGACUUAAAAAUUAUGUAAACAAGGGAAACACCUUUUUAUUUCAGGACAGAUCAGCUGAGAAAUGUUUGUAGGCCACUGGAAAUAGCCUCCAGUCAUUCUCACGUAAACUCCUGGUAUUCCUCUUAGCUCGCUCUACAAUCGGUCAGUUAUAUAAAGUGUUUAUUUUGUCCCGUAGAGACGCUGUAUUGACAGACGGCAGGCUGCCACUGUGUUGUGCUGUAUAUAGAAGCAGCCCAGCCUCAGGGGUGGUUAGAUUGCAUAUUGAUCUCAGGUCACAGUUACAUGGUGGUCCAGUCUGAUAGAGGGCAUGAACCACAUCAACAACAGGGGUACACACACACACACACACACACACACACACACACACUGAAUCUCACAAACACCUCCUGUAAAUAAAGAUGUAACCAAGUGUUAUGAUUACUGCUGUGGGAUGGGAGACAUGGCGCUCAAACUGCUGUACAGUAUUAAAACAAUGAACACACACGCACACAUGCACACACAUACACAAACAAAAAUAAACAAACACAAUAACAUUCAAGUCCAGUAAAGUAUUCACUCUCAGUGGAGGAUGAAUGAAUAUAUGAUUUUUUUUUAAGUUCACAUAAUAAUGUUAAAAUAAAAACUGAUAUUUUGAUGCAGAUGUAUGACCCUAUUAUAAAAAUGGCCCGUAAAGUUAACUUCAGGAGACAAUGUGCAGCACUGAAAGGCUACACAUCAUUAUUUUGCAUUAUCAAUUCAUCUACUAGUUAUUGGCUCAAGUAACUUGUGAUUAUUUUGUCUUUAAAUGAAUAUAUAUCACAAAAUCUCCUUGUAAGACUCACCCAAAAGCCUGCAUGUCUUUUUUUGUCAAUCCAAACUUUAAAACGUACAGAUUACAAAUAAUAUACAUUGCUUAUAUGCAGAGCUGCAACUAAUAACUAAUGUCUAUCCCUCCCAAGAAAAAAAAUAUUUUCUCAAUUAAUCGAUUUAACACUGAAAAAACUAAAAUGAGAUGACAUUUGCUCAUUUUGCUUUCUAAAAGGGCCAAGAUGGCGUUUCUAGGUAUCCUUUUUUGUUUGGCGAAAAACUUUAAAUAUCUAUAAAUUCAUUUAAAAGAAUAGAAAAGAAUUGUGUAUUUCCUCAUUAUGCUAAAGCACCGUGAUUCUCUGCAAAUAGAGAGAGGCUCUCAGCGUAUUUCUAUAAAAUCCUGAUAAAACAUUUCAAAUACUUGUUUUUUUCACUGUCAAACCCAAGAAUAAAACUACAGUAGAUGUGAUAAAAAUAAUUAAAAAUGUAAGCAGAGUGGAUUUUACUUGCUCUUUAAAAUCUUGUAUUUAAACCUUGAAGAAAGAUUGUUUGUUUCUGGUCUAAACAUAAAAUUACAACAAGGGCAAAGAGAUAAUGAAGCAACAGACAAACGCCAGAAAAUUUUUACAAUUUAAUAACAGAAUCUGAUCAAUCAAAAUCAGUUUCUGGAAAAAUGUAGGUGAUAAAUGUAAGCAGGAGUUUGUGUUGAAAAGACAACAUGACCAGCAGGAAGAGCAAACAAGACACCCACAGAGCUUAAGUACCUUUCUCUUUACACACAAUUCCAGUAUUUAUUGUUCUCUUACUAUUGAAGCUGCUUUCCUUUCUCCAAGUCCUGCUGCCAAAGAAAAGAUCAAUGCAAGAAUAAUAAACCCAGAGCUGGAGGAAAAUUGAGACACUUAAUUUAUCCCAUUUCUCAAAACAUUAGCUGAGCACAUUGCCCCCUCCUCCUCCUCCUCCUCCUCCCAGGAAAAACUUUCCCAUCUCAUCUCUUGGAAGAAUGCCCGAAGAGACAGGGCCAUUGAAUUCACACACUUUCAUAAUGACACACUCACACUCACACAUACAUAUACACUCGCACACCAGCUCUGGCUGUCCCAGAUACAGCAGCCAGGGUUUCCAGUCCAUUGACUGCAGGCUCAUUGUGAGCUGGUCUUAGCAGAUAGGCCAGCUGGGCCCCACACUGACACACAAUGUCCUGCGGCUGCACAGAAAACCCUGUCACUGAGAGGAAACUGGCUCUGCAGCUCCCUGUGGCGCCUCAUUCUGGAUCUAUUGUCCCCGUGGACCCAGACUGACUCAGUACUCCUUUGAGGGGCUGAGAGGAGAGUGUGUUCAGGGGUCAGAGGGUUAGUCACAUACAGACACACACACACACGGACACACAAUCAAACACAGACACACACAUCGAGUGCCCUUGAUGAUGAUAAUAAGGGCAUUUAGGGGCCGUCCCUGGAGACGGGCAGGUGACUGAGGGGUAAUUUUCGCCCUGAAAAGACCAAUGAUUGGCUCUGAUUGUGAUAAUGAUCACCAUUAUUGUCAUUACAGCGUGAAAUGACUCACAAGGAGAAGGGGAUUUUAAAAAGGAGCUCUGGUUUUGUCCCUUUGCUGCUGCUGCUGUGGCUGACAUGUAAUUUUAGACUAAAUGAAAGUGAAACAUGGGAGAUAAUGUUGCUCUUUUCUGAGCAUAAUUUUCACAAAUCAAAGAAAGAAAAUAUUUCUUAAUUUUAGCUGCUGAGAUGCUUCAAAAUGAGACAUUUAUUCUUCUUUUGUGGCUUUAUCCAGCACUGAUCAUAGCAAGAGCCCAGCGGUCACCAUCUGAUCGGCUGUACUGGUGAGAAGCUAAUGUUGCGUUCAAAUCCAUCCUGUGGCUGAGCUCCCACCAUGAACAAUUACACAAGAAAAAUGUCCUUUUGUUCUUUUUUUUCAGCAUCUCCAUGUUUCCAGCUCAUUUCAAUAUAAAAACACAGAACUCAACACUAGAGCAUGUGGAACAGACUGGUCACAUACUGACUGCUUUAUUUCAACAUUCCCCACAGACAAUAUGCUCUCUCUCUGAAAACCCUUGAUUGUUUAGUAGAAGGUGCUGCAGAUGCAAUGAGACACAGUGUUGUUGGAGAAUUUGUAUUUCAAAUCAAUGUCGUGCAUCACAGUGAUUAUAUAUUUUAGUCCUCAUGUUCUGUAUAUCAUAUUAAAUGUAGUGGCCGAAAAAUCCAGGGAUAAAAAUUAUAGAUUUGUGAUCUUUUUAUGUAGAUUUGUUAGGAAUCAAAUGUGAAAAAUAUCUUAGACAUGUGGGACGGAUGAGAUCUCUCUCUGACAGAUGUAUUGUCUUUUUUCUUCUCGUCUUGCUCUUUCUGUCCAGUCCUUUUCCCCCUGUUUUCGCUCUCUUUUUCUCAGUCCUGCAGCUUCGUUUUUUGCAUCGUCUCAUUUUAUUCCCUUUGUUAUUUCCACUCUUGCUCUGUUUCCACAUCACCCCCUCCCCUUCUUUUGUUUUCCUCUACCAUUGCCUCCUCAGUGCUUUGUUUUAGACCCAUAAUUCCCUCUCCCCAAAGCCUUUAUCUCUCUGCCUCUCAACCCAAACCAUGAAGUACUUUGAUACUCCUUGGACUGAGAGAGAAAUGAUAAGAGAGUGUAGAUACUGUUAUUGUGGAUAUAGGAGGUACUGGUGUUGGUGCCACUGGUGGGAGUGGAAGAGUGUUGUAUAACUGGCCUCAUUAUGAGCAGGACAAACAGGAAUCAGUCCUGAGGGUGUGUGGGAGGCGAUGAGAUGGACUGUCAGCAAAAAGAGGCCACGAUGGAAGAGUUGAGCUCUCUGUGACACAUUUUAUCGACUAUUGCCUCUGUGGAAGUUUUGUCUCUCUCUUGGACUUUUAUUACUCUUUGUAAGGAAAUAUUAUUGAAGCAAAAUUUCCCUAGUGGAAUAUCUCUCUUAGACAAUAUGGCAAUUAGGGGGAAAAUGUCUUCAAAUAUUGAAGUUUGAAGUUGAUUUCAGCAUGAACGAUUUCUCCACAUUGAGGCUUUUUUUCUGAAGUAGCAACUAGAAUUUUGUUUCACAUGUCUCCAUCAAUCCUUUAUUUUUGCUAUCAUUUUUUCUCCUUUCUAUUCAUUGGAGACUUUAAUUAACAAUAAUGGUGUCAUCCUCAAUUUCAGAAUUUUGGGGGUCAAACAGAAGCUGUUAUCUCCUAAAAACACACUCUGUCUUUCUUUGUCACACACACACACACACACACACACACACACACACACACACACACACACACACACACACACACACACACACACACACACACACACACAAAUACACACACACACAAACGUCCUCUCAGCCAUCGAAGCCCACCCCAUUCAGGCUCACAGCAGAGAUUGGCAGGAUUGACAGAUAGCCAUCAGAGCUUUGUGUGCUUUAAUUAAACUUCUGAGUGAAUUUAGGAGGCAUUUGAAUAUGAAUGUUUGCCGCUCCACUCCUAUCAGACACUUUUUAAUUAGCUCAGUCAGCACAAGCUCCGGUUUGUGCUCUGUGGAUAGAAUUAUAGAUAAGCUAAUGAAAAACCAAUGAGUGUGUUUUGCUGCUUUCUAAUUUGCAAUUAUGUGAAUGUAUAAGAAUGUUCUGUGAUUGUUUGUUCUCACCAAGAAUUUUAUAAUGACUCUGCCGCCACUGUAAUUUUGAUCGACAUGCUUUAUUGAUGGCUGUUGUGAUGUGAUUGACAGGUUCACCUACGAGAUCGCGCCUGUGUUUGUCUUGAUGGAGCAGUUGACUCUGAAGAAAAUGAGAGAGAUGAUUGGCUGGCCUGAUGGAGAGGGAGACGGAAUCUUUUCUCCAGGUGAGCCACAGACAGCUAUAACCUCUUACACAAUGCAACCUUGCAACAGUGCAGAAUGAAGUACUGCCAUCACUAUGCAUUUGUACUUACACACUGCAACCUCUGAUAGAGUAAUAUGAGUGUUUUAGUGUGAGAUUUUUUUUUUUUUCACAUUAGGAAGUGCAUGAGACGUAGCUUGUAAAGGCUGAGUAGGAGCACCACGUAGACACACACUCACACAAGCAUAUACUGUACAUACAAUGCUGUUGGAUCGUAUAGAAUCCAAUUGUAUCGUAUUUUAUCAGAUAAUAUGGAAUCAAAUCAAAUUAGUUCAUUUUUUUCUAUCCUUUCAUAUCCUAUCAUACUGUAUUGUAUCAUAUCCAAUCAAAUUACACUGUAAUGUACAAUUAAAUUAUCAUAUCAUAUCAUAUCAUAUUGUAACGCUGUACUAUUUUAUAUUACAGCAUAUUAUGUUUCAUUAUGUUGUUUUUCAUGAUAUUAUAAUUUACAGUAUUAUACUGUUCAGUACUGAAUUGUAAUACACAAAACCUCAUGUACUGCAUGUGCUACAUCCUGUUAAAUCAUCCAUUGAUCAAUCAAUCAGUCUUUAUUUAUAUAGCACUUUUCAUACACAACCAUGUAGCACAAUUCAUACCACAUUCUACCUACUCCUAUUACACAGCAUCAAGUUUCAUUGAGUAGAAGUGAACACAGCUGUGUUAUGGAAUUUUUUUCCUGUUAUGCUGUAUUGCAAUGUUUCGUAUUGACUUUACUCAGGUUGUGAGGUUUUUGCUAUUUCAUCUCUUUCUCUAUAUUUGUGUUAUGGAAAAAUGUAAAGACAGACUGACCUGCUCUUAUAGAAACCUGCCAUUAAGAUAAGAUAAGAAGAAAUUACUGAUUAGAUUAAGAAAACAAACAAAAAAACAAAAAAACAAAAAAAACUGUUGAGCUGAUUUUAAAAUGAGCUAAUUUUGAUGCUUCAUUUAUGCUCUGACCAAUCUCCUACCAAUGCAGCUAACAGUCUUUUGCCUUUAGAUGAACUCAUUUCAGUGCUGUUUUUUUUAAUUUUUUUAAAUCUUUUUUCUCUCAACCCUACAACAGAGUUAUUUGAUGUUAAAUAGCCGAGAAAUUACAGGGAUUUUUAUUAUACAAUGAUGGUGUGUGCUGUCCAAGGUGCUGAUGUGUGUGUCUCUGCUCAACAGGGGGCGCCAUCUCUAACAUGUACAGUGUGAUGAUUGCACGCUACAAGUAUUUCCCCGAGGUCAAGACCAAGGGCAUGUCUGCUGCUCCUCGCCUUGUCCUCUUUACGUCUGAACACGUACGUCUCAAAACACACACACAAGUAGCAAGUACACCUGGAAAGCAAGCCAAACACCUCACUGGCUGUAGCUUGAGGCCAUUGAAUUGGUCCUGUAAUAAUCUAUCAUCAGAGAUGUUUGAAUUGAUUCUCGAUUGCUUGUUUUUUUUAAAGGGUACUGCUUAUAUCUCAAUACAAAAUUGUGAUCAAAGCUGUGACUGUGGCAGGAAGAAAGCAAAGUCUAAAGAAGAACUUAGCCUAAUAAUUUUAUCCUUCCAUUGUUUCAAUGAAAAGAUUAAUCAUUAUCUUUUAUUUUGUUCAUGUAGAGCCACUACUCCAUCAAGAAGGCUGGAGCUGCUCUGGGCUUUGGUACAGAGAAUGUGAUCCUGCUGAGCACAGAUGAGAGGUAUGACAAUCAACUUCUUUUCAUUUAGAUUUUUGUUUCUUUUGACAAAACAAAAGCAGCCAUGAAAUGUACUUUGCAUGUAGUGCAAGUAAAAGAAGAUAAAAAAAAAUUAGUACAAACAACUCAAAAUUGGAUAAGUUAUACAAUCCAAAUGGAAAACAAUAAACACCUCAUACAUCUGAAAACAAAUGCAUAUUUGACCUUGAAGGACAGUCAAAAGUAAAUAUACUUCACAAAGAUAUUUACUAGGACAUUAACCACCAACCAAAAAAAAUCAAGACAAGCACUGAUUUUUAUAAAACACCUAAUUUUAAACAACUCCUGAAAAGAAGUCAGCUGGAACAAACACAACAAAGACAAAACGUGGAGAUAUAAUACCUGAUGAAAUAUACAAUGUACAAACACGAGACGCACAAGUUUGAAGCUAAAACGACUAAAACUUAAAUGACACGUGCUGCCUAAAGCUUGUCCAAUCAUGAUGGUUUUAAGCUGUUUUAAACUGAUACUUUCCAAAGAGUUCAGGUUCAUGAAGAGAUUUAUUUAAAGCUUAGCUGCUUCUGACUUGAAAACAAGACCUCCUCAAGUUUUAAAGCUUAACCAAAGUACAUUUGGGAAACCCUGGAAAGAGGACCUGAGAGUUCCCCUUUGAGUGUGCUGGUUGCAGGAUAUUCUCAAUAUAUUUUGUAGUCUGAAAAUAUCAGGCUAUCAGACCAUAAGCACAGGUAUUAAGAAACUACUCUUGAAAAGUGCAGCGGACAGACUAAUGUGACUUUGUGUGGGACAAUGCUUGUAGCACAGUGAUAUUUCAUUAAGGCAGGUAAAAACAAUGAUAAACUGGUCCAAAUUCAACAAGCUGAUACAGCGAGUAAACUAAAUACUGAGCAUGAAAGGUGUCUUAAUACUUGUGAUUCUUGAAGACCUUAAUAUGUUAAAUCAUGGUGAUUUAUGUUCUGACAGAGGCCGAGUCAUUCCUGCAGAUCUGGAGGCAAAGAUCAUUGAUGCAAAACAGAAGGUCAGCACCAAUCUUUAUUAUGAUAUUUCUGUAUUUCCUUUUAUUUUUUCCCCCAUAGGUGUAUGCUUCUGGUUAAACAUGGGUUUUUUUCCCUACAGGGUUGCCAUCCACUGUUUGUGAACGCCACAGCUGGUUCCACCGUGUACGGAGCAUUUGACCCAAUCAAUGAGAUCGCUGACAUCUGUGAGAAGUACAACCUGUGGCUCCAUGUUGAUGUAAGUACCAAACAUAGGAUCAGCUGUUGGAUUGAAUUUAUAAUAGUAGAAAUACAGUAUUAUUAGUAUUUACACUGUGUCCUCACCUCUUCAGGGAGCAUGGGGCGGUGGACUGCUGAUGUCCAGGAAGCAUCGUCAUAAGCUCAGUGGGGUGGAGAGGUAAGAACAUGGAAACAGAUAAGAAUACAGUGUUCAGUGUAUUUACAUGAUGCUAAAAAGCUCAAUUCGAUGCAUCAGGCUGACUAAAACUGGACUUUUACAAUUCAUGAUGCCAAUCUGAUUGAAAGCUCAGACUCACAUAGGCAUGCAUAGAAGAAAACCCUCGACCUUUGCAUGCAAUCACAAACCAGAGAGUUAGCAUGCAUCUCAUUUGUAAUAAGAGUGAAGUUUAGAGGAUGUAUGAAACGUACAGCGCUGUACUGUCAUCCAAGUUUUGAUAAGUCCAGAAGAAAAAGUCAAAAACUGACAAGCAGAAAGGGAGCCUAAUCAAGCUUUGACUGUAGUUUGACUUCAGUGUGCAUGUAAACGUGUUGAUUGUAUUAUUAUGUAAAUAUCUUCAGUGACGCUACCUCAGAACAAUAAGAUUCAAAUUACUAAACUUAGCUGACUAAGUAUACAUACAAACCAAAUCAAUUUUCCAAUUACCACCUUCCACAGCGCCAAGCUUAGAACAAUAAAGGAGUCAAUCAUAUGUAAUUAUUUUUGUGAGACCAGCAAAGGCCUGUUGCUUGGAGCCAGUCUCUUUUUGAUUAAUUUUUGCACCCUAUAGCUUUAUAAUUUACUCAUGUCUAUUUGAAAACCAUCAGAAGUGUCUGAAAUUGACUUUUACCUAAGAGUAAAAUUGUGAUUCAUGCCAUGUUUCAAUGAUAAACAAGCUUAUUUGUAAUCAUUGAUUUGUGAUAAUUAAUGUAUGUAGCGACAGUUCUGACAAUAAAAUAAAAUAGAGACACCCUCUAUUUAUAGACAUGAAUCAAGGCUAUUUUGGGUAUUGGUAUUUAUCCUUCCAGUAAGGCUCUGGCACAGCAAAGUUAAGUCAUCCUUGAACUUAAGAAAACAUAUUAAUUUUUGCAGGGCCAACUCUGUCACAUGGAACCCCCACAAGAUGAUGGGAGUGCCACUACAGUGCUCCGCCAUCCUGGUCAGGGAGAAGGUACAGGAAACACACACACACACACACACACACACACACACACACACACACACACACACACACACACACACAAACUUCAGGUGCCCGCAUGUGAUAAUAACAGGGCUUCGUCUAUUGAAAAGUCACCUACACAUGCUGAUCACAUGUUGAGUUUAUUGUUGGUUUUUAAAUCACUGGCGGUUUAUGAAACAUUUACAAGGUGAUAGCACGCCUUGGGACAAAGAAAGGGUUAAAAUAGGUUAACACUGUGUGUACUUUGUGUGUCUGUAGGGAAUCCUGUCUGGCUGUAACUCCAUGUGUGCCGGUUACCUCUUCCAACAAGACAAACAGUAUGACGUCACCUACGAUACAGGGGACAAAGCCAUCCAGUGCGGCAGACAUGUGGACAUCUUUAAGUUCUGGCUCAUGUGGAAGGCAAAGGUGAGAUAGCCUAACUGUGUCACCUACUCUCAUCACAAGUAAAAAUGUCCUCUGGCUCAUUAUAAUUGAAAUGGUUUUAUUAUCACAGAUGCUCACCCUUCAUCAUUAUUGCCAACUGAGUUUAUGAUUUUAAUUCUGCAGGGCACCAUCGGGUUUGAGCAACACAUUGACAAGUGUCUGGACCUGUCUCAGUACCUGUACAACAAGAUCAAGAACCGUGAGGGAUAUGAGAUGGUGUUUGAUGGAGUGGUGAGAUUUAAUAGAUUUCUGUUCUAGUCAAUUUUCUAUUUUACUUACAAAAAUACUGGUACAAAAGAAACCAUGGUAGAGAUGGGUAACCAAGAAAUCUAUGUCUUUUCAAGUGACAUCAAUAUAUUUGAUAGCAUUUCUCUUCCUCAUUCUCCUCCAGAUCUAUAUUUUUGCAUGUAUCUGUGUAUUAACUGUGUCUAUCUCUGUUCGCAGCCUCAGCACACCAAUGUUUGCUUCUGGUACAUCCCACCCAGCCUGAGAGGAAUGCCUGCCGGUGAUGAGCGACGAGAAAAACUCCACAGGGUGAGACAUCUGUGAAUGCUGUCAAACCAUUUAUAGCCAGUGAAUAUAAAAUGAUGAUUAUACUAACUUUAUUCAUGUGGCAUUAACAAAGCAACAGAAAACAUGACAAAAAGGCAAAAAGGGCAUUUGUAAUGCAAGUACUGCAGGGGAGUUUUGAAAUGUGCAUAGACAAGUUGGAUGUAAAAAUGAAAUGCAAAUGUGUGAAUAACCUUCUCAAUAUCACUGAAAACACACCCACACACACAAAAAAAACUUUGGUUAGAGGACAUUCCCCGGUUCACAAAAAAAUGGAUUAAGAAACUGAAAGAGAUUAAAUAAAAGAACAUCUGGUACAAUAAUUUCCUGUUGCAUUUCCAAAGGUUGCAUAUAUAUUGAGCACAUAUAUCAAAUAUCAAACAUGUCGUCACCAACUUGGCUUUGCACAUCUUUCAAUUAAAGCUCACAAGUUGGUUUUUUAGUCAAAAUUAUUUCUUUGUGGUGUAUGCAGUUGAAGCACAUCUAGAGGCAUGUUUCUAUACCAGUCUCGGGGGAGCAUUUCUAAACCUAAAUCGUCUGAAGCUUGCUCCCCUUGUCUCGUACGCUAAGUCUGCUGCUAAGAUAAUAAAUAUAAAUCAUAAUGUGUUUAUUUGAUGCUGAACACAGAAAACAUUGUAAGUCCUAUGCUUCAAAGUGUGUCACAAAAAGAUCUGUCAUUGUUCCAGCUCACAGGCCACUGGGGGCAGCAAAUUAUCAAUCACACCAAAAUCACACAUAUUUGCUGUCUUUUAAAUUUCAUAAUUUACUUAUUAAAUAUUUUUUUAUUUUUUUUUUUCUUUUUAACUUUUGCAAGUGCUAAGUGAAAUUUUUGGAUGUCCAUACUAAACUGGGAAAAAGUUUCAGAUUGUGAGGCAAAUGUGUAUUGGUGUAAUCUAAAGAUGAGACUGCAGGCUGCUCUAAACGGCUUGUUAAAAAACUUACAAAAGAACUAAGCAAGAGCCACACAGAAGACGUUUGCUUGAGUCAUGGCAAACCAACUGGCGAAUCUUCCUGCAGAGGCAAGAUAAAACCUUCCAGGUCAGAUUAGGACAAUAUGUAGCCUAAAAAAUGAGUAUCAUACCCACUCUUUAAACGUCACAGUGUGUCAAAAAGGCCUGAAGGAGACAAUCUUUGUUUUACUAGGAAAGUAAUCGGCAAAGACAUAAAGCUAUUUUGAAAAAUGUUUCAUGCAGUUUUUCCUGAGUUCCCCCCUGCUGGCCAUCAGAAAGAUUGCAGGUUUGAGCCACUUUCUAUAAAGUGGUUCCUUCCACGUCUGAUAUACAGUCAUGUGUGUUGCUCCUGUUAAAAUGCUUGUUAUUGGUCUUUUUAGGAAUAAGAGGCCCUAAAUAGUUGCUUUAUUUUCUCCACCAGGUGGCACCAAAGAUCAAGGCCAUGAUGAUGGAGUCUGGGACCACCAUGGUGGGCUACCAGCCUCAGGGACAAAAAGUCAACUUCUUCCGUAUGGUUGUCUCCAACCCUGCCGCCACCCAGUCUGACAUCGACUUCAUGAUAGAUGAGAUUGAGAGGCUGGGUCAGGACCUGUAAAGCUGUGAGACAGCGCCGCUCCAGUGGCCAAACAGUGAAAGCACACGCUUUAUCAGUUUUAAAUCCAAGCAGGUGAAACACUCUCAGUGCGGCAGGCAAAAUGGUAUCAGGACAUAGUUUCUUUUUAUCCUGGAUAUUUUUGCCUGAAGCAUUCUGGCUGUUUCUCCAGCCAAAGAAAAACCAACAAAGAGAGAGAGAGAGAGAGACUGUGAGUUUAGUACUCGCUCGUCCCACAUAGUCCCUCAUAUAUAUAAAAUAUUUAAAAGUAUCUGAAGGCUCCAGGUACAACAAACGCACUUAAACGUAUGUGUGUGCUGUGGAGUCUUGUACUGUGUGUGUGUGUGAGAUGUAGUUUCUUGUGUGAUGUAGUUUAUAUUUUAAUGUAUGUCGGUAAGUGUUGGAGUGUGAGUGUGUGUGUGUGUGUGUGUGUGUUUUUGGACAAACACUUAAAGGUAGAAAAGCACAGAUUUAAAAGAAACAACACUAAUCACAAAGUUAUUCUGCUGUACCAUAUGUUUGCCACACAAAAUUGAAUGACCGGUGCUUUCAGCUGUACAUUAUAUUUAAUCUCAGUGCACAUUAAGCUGUGUACAAACCCCGGCUGCUGUGUGUGUGAGAGUGUGUUUGAGAGUGUGUGUGUGUGCGUGUGUGUGUGUGUGUAUCCUGUCCUGUAUUUAAGGCUAGCAGCGUGAUAAAGUAAGCUUAGUAUGACCUCAUGCGCACACCAUAGGUAGCCAAUGUGUCCAGCUGUGAGGUUUAUGAAGACCUGUCAGAGAAAUUUGCAAUAUUUUCCCUCGUAGGAGAUUUAGAUAAAACUUAAAAAUGUCUUUGAAAUGUCUGCAGCUCUCCUAAGUCUGUGACAACUGUAACGUGUAAAACGCUGGCUCGUUGUCUGUUUCAUGCAAUCAUGUGAUACCAUGUGUGUUUAUAACAAUGUUAAGAUAUUUGAUUAUAUAAGAAAGAACCAAUAUUUAGUGCAUUUCCACCAUUUACAGAUUCAGGUAUUUUAUUGUAAAUGUAUCUUUAUGUGUAUUACACUGUAAUACAUUUGUAAAUGUAAUCACAGGAAGUUUAUUUAUAGUGAAUUUGUCAGCCAAAGAAAGAGAACCGGGAACAGAGCAAUCCAUCAUCCUUCAUAUAGACCUUCUUAUAAACUAUAGGUGUUUGUAAAAUGUGACCUAUUGACCCUGACUGCGAUGCAAUUUCUAUAUUGUGUUUCUUUCUGUGAUUGUGAGUCUUUUUGACUGAAUGUUUUGAGACAACUGACAGACUGGCCUUUUGAUGAGAUUAAGAUUGAAGUCUGUGUAAUCCUAAUGGCAGUCAUGCCGGUCUUUUAUUUAAAGGAAAGCACACGGUUGCGAGAAUGUACUCUCCUACAGAGACUGCGAAGAAAGGGUUGUUGUAUCUGUCUGGAUCCUAAUGCAUUUACUGUAACAUAAUAUAUACUAUUGUAAUACAUAUUACCUGUAUUCUCAGUGUCAUGGGAGCUCAGUGGGAUAUCUUGUAAACAGAGUUCCUGUUUGUGUCUUUGCACAAUGUUCACCUUUCUUUCUUCCAUUGUAAAUGGAUGUGUACUAUGGCAGUAAUAUAUAAAACUUAUAAUAACAAAGUAUUUAUGGUAUCUAGGGACCAUAUGUGAAUGGCACAAUUGUAUAAAACAUAUUUAAGGUAACCUAUGUACUGUACGUGGCUUCUGUAUGUGAUCUGGUUUUCUAAAUAAGCCAGCUGCAAGGGAAUGAAUCCCAGGAGGUUUCCAGUCGGCACUUUAACAGAAUCUUCUGGAAAAAAAGAUCUUUAAAUAAAGUUUAUUAAAGGGAAAA